GGAUUUGACACUGUGGAUCACAUCGCGCUCCAUCUGUGGAGAGCGCAGAGUAAAUCUUUGAUUUGUUCUGCUUUGUUAUUGCUAUAUUUUGAUUUCAAAACAUUUUGAUGGGAGAGACUGUAAUUUAUUGAUCAUAACGUAUUAUGUCACUUAAACGCGGUCUUUGCAGAUAAUGGGAAAAAAGGGCCACGGAAAAUCUGGAGGCAGAGGAAAAGUACAAGAAUCGAGUAACGAAACAAGCGCACCGCGGAAACUAUCUCGCCAGAAAAGAAAUGAACUAAAUCAAGUAUUGGAGAAGCUAUUAAAAGUAAGCACCAGUGUACCCCUCUCGCCCAAUGCCAGCAGAGAAUGGGAGUCGCACCUGGAGAUCGACAGACUGUUGCAGAAAGUAAACCAGCUGGAGGCAGCCAUGAAGAUACCACCAGAGAAGGAGCGCACAGGAUGCACAGAGCGGCUAUUGUCGUGGGCGGUGGCAAAUGGUGCAGAGGUGCGUGGUGUUAAGGUCACCCAUUUCCCAAACUAUGGUUUGGGUCUACAAGCAGAGAGAGACAUCAGUGAAGGCGAGCUAGUGGUUGCAAUCCCGAGGCACAUCAUGCUGACAACAGACACUGCUCGAAAGUCACCAAUACUUGGUCCGUUGAUACGUGAAGACACAAUGCUACAGCAUAUGCCCAACGUGGCCCUGUCACUGCUGCUACUGGUGGAGAGAUUUUCCACCGACUCGUUCUGGCGUCCGUACAUAGAAGCCCUGCCCAAGACGUACACCACUGUGUUGUACUUCACCACACAGGAGCUGCAAGAGUUGAAGGGGUCACCUGUUCUAGAACCAGCGUUGAAACAAUGCCGCAAUAUUGCACGCCAGUACGCCUACUUCAGCAAGCUGUUCCAGAGCAAUUCAGAUCCUGCCAGUGAGAUGCUGAAAGAUAUCUUCACAUACGAGCUUUAUUGCUGGGCCGUGUCGACGGUGAUGACGCGGCAGAACUUUGUUCCUUCCGCAGACGGCGGUGCCAUGCUGAAUGCGCUCAUCCCCGUCUGGGACAUGGCCAACCACGACAACGGAGCGCUGUCAACUGACUUCAGUCCGACGCAGAACCGCAGCGAGUGCUUCGCCUUCCGCAACUUCACGGCUGGCGAGCAGGUCUUCAUACACUACGGCGUGCGGCCCAACUCGGACCUCUUCGUCCACAUGGGGUUCGUCUUCCCAGACAACGAGCACGACUGCGUGAGGCUGCGGCUGGGGGUGAGCCGCUCGGAUGCUCUAGCAGCAGAGAGGAUAUCACUGCUGGCACGACUCGGUCUACCAUCUGCCGGUGACUUCGCUCUUCGACCAGGACCCGACCCAGUUGAAGGUCGCCUACUAGCUUUUCUGCGAGUGUUCAGCAUGAACAAAGAUCAGCUGCAGCACUGGAUGGAGAGUGAGAAAGUCUGUGACCUGGUUUACGAUGAUUGUGCACUUGAGACAGAACUGGAGUCUCGAACCUGGAACUUCCUGUACACCCGCAUACAGCUGCUCCUUUCUGCGUACCCGACAACACUGAAAGUGGAUGAGGAGUUGUUGGUGAAGCGGUCGUCGCUGUCCCCAUGCCACGCGGCAGCUGUGGAGAUGCGUGCCUGCGAGAAGCGGAUCCUGCACAACGCGCUCGAGUAUGUGAGCCAGCGCACACACACUUGACGGCCCGCCCUCGGGGCGCGUGGCGCGCUACUUAGCCGCCGACACUCCGCGCUCCUCGGGUAACUCCGGGUGGUGUCAAUCAGCAGGUGGAGAAGUGGGAAAAUAUCAUGGGCACUGCACUGUCCAGUCCCUGAUCCUCUGGGCCCCAAGUAUGUAAUGACACUGUGUCAGAAUUCUCUUUCCCCUGUACCCACUGGUGUAACAACCCUGUUGCGGCUGUUUGGAUGAUCAGCAGUCCUUAAUGUACCUUACCUGUCGUUCUUGCAUCCACCUGUUACUGUCAUGCAAUUUUAUAUGUGUCUAUGUAUGUGGCUGUCUUAUCAUACAUCAUUGUUGUUACGUAUUUUACUCAGUAUAAGGAAAAAAAAAUAGUGACAAUGUAGGUAUUUGUGUAAGUUUAAUGGUAUACUCCUCAAUUGAGUUGAAACUCACAUUUAAAAUGGAUCCUAAACUCUAUUUGGAAUUUGAACUUUAUCUUUCCCAAGUUGGGCAUUCGAGCACUGUGCUUCAAAUCCCAAGCCAGGCUUAAUUCUGAUGUGUAUUGUAAGGCUCACAUGACAAGUAUUUUGUUGAUGGAGGAAAUGUAAAUUUGGUGGAUUAUUUGUGUCAUGCUUCAGUGUAUCAAUGUAUCAGCUAGAGGGGUUGGGGCAGGGCAUUUGUUCAAUAUCCAGUAAAAGGAUAAGAAUCCUGUGACACAGAUUGUGGUUUAAACUACAGACUGACUCAGAAAUACUAACAGAGCUGCUACACAUAAUAUAAAUGCUAGUCCUGCUGGUAUAAUGGGAAUAUUUGAGACUUGGACGCAUGUUUGUUUAUUUUAUGUUUUUUUACUGAUAAAGGAUACAAAGUAGGGUUUUACAUAUUGUGCUCGGCUCAGCCAUUUAGUUGAUAACAUGUGUUGAUUAUUUUCAAGGUUGAAACUUCCUGGCAGAUUAAAACUGUCUGCCAGACCAUGAAUAGAACCCAUAAUCUUUACCUUUCAUGGACAUAUGUGCUACUGACUAAGCUAUCCAUGAAUGAUUCACUACCAGCCCCGUGUAUUCGUUUCUACCAGUAGCUAUCUCUUAAAACCCAAAGACAGGAGAGAGGUACUGACAGAAGUUAUGCUGUGAGGGCAAGUUUUGAGUCAUGGCUGUAUAGCUCAAUCAGUAGACCAUUUGUCGAUGAAGAACAAACUUAAUGGGUUCUAGUUGCAGUCUAGCACACAGUUUUAAUCUGCCACAAAGUUUCAAAGUUAGUUUGUUCUUAUAGCAGAAUAUUUUCAGCAAUUACUGCUGGUCUCUGUGUUAUUAUUUUAGAAUAUAUUUUACACCCCAUGGUUAGCAAAGAGUUGCCCCUGAAGCUUUUGCAAUUACUUCUGUCUCCAUUCUUGUAAAUAUGCAUUGUUACUAAUUUCCAAUCCUGUGAAAUUUCUUGAGUGCCCAGCAUUCGUUAAUAUAGCUGAUAAAUGUGGAUUUCAGUGUGGGCAAUGUAUAUUUAAGCCAUUCUGUGUUAAUUCCAUCAUUUCCUGGUGUUUUUCUUCUGCAUGCAAAUCAUUUUCUAUUUUUUGUUUUACAGAUUGCAUUUUAUAAUUCCUUUAUUUCUAUUCCAUCUGUACAUUGAUAGUACCACAAUCAUGUUCUGAUUGUGUGAUGUGGAGCACCUUACUGGACGAACACUUGAGCAGCAGAUCAGAGGAAUCUAGGCAGAAUUGUGCCUCAUUAAAUAAGUAAAUAAUAUUAGCUUCAAUUAAAUGGUUCAGCCUUCUUGUGAAAUGAUUGUUUCCAGUCACUGUCCUUUGCGAGACAAUUUUUACUAUAAAUCCAUAGCAUGUUCUCCAGUUGUCAUCAGUGUGGGAACACAAAUAAAAAGUUUGCCCCCUUGUAGGAUUUAUUCCAGGUACACUUCUCAACAGUGUUUGGGAGGCUGAUGUGAAAGUCAAAUACUUCAUGAGACUGCAUUUUUUCCAAACGUAAUAUAUUUUUACUUUUCCGCAUUUUCUUUCAAAUUAUCUUAUUCCAACUGCUAAUUUAUUUCAUGGAGACAUGUUAUUGACCACACAGAUUUGUUGUUUGCUAACUGAUGUGUCAGCAUUUGAAUGUUAUGUGAGACACUUUGUUUAAGUGAUAAAACAGACUGAACUCCAGGGUAAAAUUGUCUUCCUGCAUCCAAGUCUACCAAAUGACAGUUGUUUCAUCCCUGCUUCAGAUGACGUUGGAUGGCCACCCGGCAGGGCUUUAGGUUAGCACACUGCUUGCCCCACCAUUAACACUUAAUUUUAAAACUGCCAUAAUUUCUCCUUCAGAUAUUCCAAUAAUUUCUUGAAGUAUGUGCAACUAUCUUUGAGGAGAGUCAAUGACUGAAUUAAAACUACUUUACAUAAUGGUAUACUGUGAAAUAAAAUGUUUGUGUCUCAGAGAUAAGACAAUUGCCACAUUAUCUUCCAGUCAGAGAUAUAACUUCACGCAUCAAUGGAUGGAUGGCAUGUGUUGGGAUGCCACAUAGUGAAGACUCCGAAUGGUAAUUCCUCUGAGAGAGCAGAUGUGAAAUGAGUGGUUUCCAUGAACUGUUAGCUAGUCUUGCUUGAGCUGGCAGUCAGCAAACUAAAUUUCCACACUUGCUUUCUUGACCACCAAAUCUCAAUAGGAGGAGGCUGUGGCCAGUAUCUUGACCUUCCUGUAAUCUGUGAAAUGGCUGGUGGAAAUACAGUGUUUCAGCCAUUACAGAUUUGUUAGGAUGUAUCACUGGUUCUCAUUGCAGCUUUCUUGUACAGUGUGUGUUGUUUGUCCUAUGUAGCUUUCACCACAUUGCCAAGGAAUUUCAUCAGUACCCAACUUUCAUAAAAGUAGAUUGUCUUUCACUGAUCCCAAAAGAGCUGCAAUCUUGGCAUGUUUCUUCAUUAUGCUGGCAGUUCUUAAUGAAAUGUUUCCCACAUGCAGAAGAAAGGCCAUAGAUUUUUCCCCCUAUUUCCUCUUCCUUUGGUUGGUCUGGUGUUUUUCCUUGUGGAGCAUUUUUACUGAAUACCUUCUCCAGGUGUACCAGUUAGUCCUGUGGGCUGUCAGCAAGUGUCUCUGUACUAAUGUUUGUAGUAGACUCAUGGUUUUUAUUUGUGAGUGACACUGUUGUGCCGACUGUCCUAUCUCAGAUGCAUGUGUGUUUUACCCCACUGUACAUUACUGUGUUAAGUGGUUUUAAUUCAGCCACCAACUUGCCUCGAGGAUGGCUGUAUGAUUAAAGUGACUGAAAUAUUGGAAGGUGAAAUAUUGCUACUGCAGAUGCAUGUCUGGAAGAUGAUGGAAUAUAUCAUUAGUUAUCGUAUUGCAUGUUGGUAAUCUUAUUUCAAAGCACUUUGCAGGGGGAAAUACCUGUUUCUAGGACUUGAAACUUGUUCCUCUGCAUGACAGAAAUAUAUGUUAAUUACCUUACCACCUAUGUACAAGAUAUUUUUGCUAUAUAUUACAGACAUCCUGAUCAGGAGACAAUCUCCAUAUUGUAAGAUUUGAAGAAAUGUUUCAGAUCGCAUUUAAAUAUUUAAAUGCGAUCUUGGCCAUGAAGUAUUUCUUCAAAUAUUACUAUAUCUUUGUUCCCAAUAUUAAUGCAUAGCUCAAAAAAUAUUAUGGCAGAAGCGGAGAAUUUAGUUGUAUUUUAUGUUGUUUGUAUUGAUUGCCUCUAUGGCACAGGCUGUCUGUUUUUUUGCAGGGUCAUGGCUUUUCUGUAGCACAUUGAAUGGAAGUAGUCUUCCGUCCUGGCAUAGAGUACAAACGUUAUCAAGUUGGGUUUGUCAUUUGUCAUUCAUGCUUAAUCCUCAUCCAUGUAGUCCGAGAAUUGAGCACCUAUAUUUUCCAUCAGCCAUUUACAAUGAAAUAGGCUCUGUCACAUAUACUUAAUCAGUCUCUCAUAGAUACACUUUGAAUUUUAAAAUGUGGUGUCUACAUUAUUAAAGUGAAUGAAUUCAGUUAUAUUAUGAAAAAGGUUUUUGUGCUUUAGGGAAUUUUGCCAAAACUAAGAAUUGUUCUACUUUCAGCUGUAAAAAAUAUGCAUUAUCAUCACCAUACAGACCAUCAAGUUAAAAAAUACAAAAUAAUUUUAAUCAUCAUACAGCAGAUGCCUGUUCUGCUCAACAGAAUACGAAAUAUGCUUUCUUGAAAGUUGUUGAUUCCAACGAUUGUCAUUCUCUUGCACGACUGGUGUAUUUAAAGGCUUGCACCUUUGCAUAGUGUGUAAGUUUAACCUCAUCCAUCUCCACAACAUCAGAUUCUAUUUGUUCAUCUUUGUUUUUGAAUAUCACUUAUUGAGUCUGGAUAUUCCAUCAGAAAAAACAGUGGUAUGUCAUACCACAGUUAUGGAAAUGUAAAGAUAGCUGAAGUACUACUUAACACUUUUUUUAAUGUGAUGUGCUAUUCAUCAUAAGGUGAUGGCUUGAAACAUAUUACCUGAAUUUUCAAAAAUAAAAAUUGUAAUUUUAGCUUGUUGUUGGUGAUGGAAGUCAAUAUAAGAAUGGAAGCAGAAAAAGUGAUUGUUACAGCAUCAUUUUAUGUAUUUAUGGGAAAAGAAAGAUGUAUAUUUUACACUUACUGAGCUUUUGUACAAGACUGUAAUGUGCUGGAAUUUGUAAGCAUUGUUUGAUAUUUAAGAAAAAAUUUAAAAAAUUUCCUCUUGUGCAUUGCUGCCCUGAAGUAAUAUGUAGUCAUCUACUUGUGAAAAGGUCAGUUUAGGAACUGGUUUCAGGGCAGCAUUACACAACUUUUCCUGAACUGUAGUGUCUUUGUAACACUAGCUGAUUAUAGAUAAGUAAAGGUUCUUUAACUGGUAUAAUAACGUAUUAUCUGUUGGAAGAAUUAGUGCUUGGUUGGAUUAUUCUAUUCCUUCAGCAAAGUUUAUCACCUAUUGAUGUAAAUAGCUGCUUUAUAUGAAAUGUUUAUGUAUUCUGUGUCAAAAACCGAAUUCCAUUGACUGUCAGUAAAACAUUAUUUAUCGUCCCAUAUGUAUUGAGCAGAGUUUAACAGAAACAGAUUAGUCACUAAAAGGACUUUUGAGGUAAUUGUUAUAUGCAAAUUGUAUUUAAUAUUUAUUAAGAGAUUUAUCAAUUAAUAGGCGAAAUGGUCAAUCCACUCCACAUAAAGAAUCUCUUACCUAACUCUGGCAUCUGUGAGAACUAUGUGAAUUUUGAUCUGAUGAGAAAAUGGUAAUCUGAAUUUCUCUCCUACAGACCCGACUCACUAUUCUGGUGCAAAAAAAUACCAUCAUAACAUUCAAAAAUUGCUGGACUAUGUCAGUGGUGAUGGAUGUAUAUUUUCAGAGUAAGUCUUCCAAGCAAUUUUUGUUAACCUAAGUAGACCAGACAUUUGGAAGCAAAUACUGUAUGGCUGAAACAUUUCUUUGUAACAUCAAAAUUAAUGUAGUUCUUGCAGAGGCUAGAGUUUUCUGAGGCACCUUGUGGUUUUUAACAAUGGCCUAGUAAUGCCCAUCACAAAGCAAAUUCACAAAAUGUAUAAUUUGUGAGAAGUGGGAUAAUUGUUCGAUAAACAACAUACAUACAGUGGAUGCCCUUUCUCACUUAAAACAGAUUUGUCAAAAUGUAUGGUUUCCAACCCAAAUCGAUGGAGAUACACUGAAUUUAACAUCACUAACAAAACUAGUGUAAGUUGCCGUGUGAACUGGUGCUUGACUUCGUGUGUUUUAAAAUAAUUGUUGUGGCUGUGUAUGUGUGUAGCUUUUCUUUAUUUUCUUGUUUUUAUUUGUUUUUAUUUUUUUUUAUUUUGCUCCUGGCAUUCAAGUGACUGAUUAAUAUACAUAGUAUAUUACUCGCCACAGAGUUUUAAUGUCUGUGUAAGUGUGAUGUAGUCAAUUUUGUAUCUUACAGUAUUUAUUGCUCUAGUGAUUAAUGUCAGUGACAUUUUUUAAUGACUGAAUGUUUGAAGAGUAACUUUACUUGAGGAGAGUAAAUUUCAGUGAGGCAACUGAUUGGAAUGACAUGCACCUCACUGUGGUAUGUACCAACAGGUAAUCGGAUAUAAAUGUAUACUUUGGCAAGAAUGUUUCAUGUGUUUAGUAUUGCUCAUUCUGCAAUGGAAUAUGAAAUACGAAAAUAGUGACGUUACUGUUGUUAGGGGAAAAGAGGGAGAUUUGUUUAAAUACUUGGUUCUACUUGGCCUCUGUGGCUUCCUGCAGUAAGUCUUAUUUCCACUGUAAUGAUGAAUUAUAUACAGAGUUGCAUUAUUAUUCAUUUCAAAUGUAAUGUACUAAGCAUUAUUUAUGUGGAUGAGAGUUUUGAUCAGAGAUUAAUGUAGAGGAAAUAUCAGUUAUGGAAAACAAAAUUGUAAAAUUAAUUUGCUGCUUUUAAUGGCAGUAGAAGUAUUAAAGUCUAAUGUUGGUAGGGAAGUGAGGAAAAGAUUUCAAAAUACAGAAGAGUAUUUUCAUACAAUUAAUAUUAAUAUUGUGCAUAAUUAUAUUAUUAUUGUGCUGUGAAAAGCAACAUUAGACUAAAAAUGUAAUCCAUAGCAGUAUUUCUGUCCUACUAUAUGUCAUAUUUAUGCAUUCAUUUGCCAAUCUAUUGGAUAUAUAAAUACAUCACAUAUUGAGAGCAAUCUUUUCCUGAGUCUUAUUUUGCAUUUAUUUUUGUGUUUAAUACACUUUUCCUGAUUUGCAGUAGGAGUGUUUGCUAUACAUUGAUGCAUGUAGUCUGUUUUCUUACAACUUGUAAAGGAAGUUCAGGAUUCAGCAUGUACCUAAGUACAUUAGAUCCUUUAAUGUAUGAUUUCCUGUUGCUUCUGUCUUAUAUUCAUAGUAAAUAGUAAAUUAAACGUAGGUUUAGGCAAAAUAGAGAGCAACUGGUUUCUACACUGUUUGAUAUCAGCAAUUUUUCUUGUCUCUCUUGAAAGAAAUUGAGCAGAAGAAGCAGUAUCCUGCAUUACAUCUUGUCACUGAAGGAAAAUGCAUGCUACCAUUCUUUUUGUCAUUCCUGCACUUUCCCUGUUAAGAUGUUUCCGAAUUGUUAUUAGUCAGUUAAUUAUUUAAUAUGUCAGUUCAUAUUAACAUGCUGGAAAUUAAUACAGUUGUGGAAUACUGAUGUGUGAAGGAAGCAAUUUCACAGCAUUUUUAUUUGAAUAUUUAAUUACCAUGGUUUGAUGAUCAUAAAUUAUCAUUAUCUCUGGUUAAGUAUGCUGUGGAUCUGUUCUUGUGGAACAUUCUUGAAAUAUUGUCAGAAGUAAUCUAUAAACUGGCCUACGUAGAAAAUAUUUUAAACUACUUCUUUUUGUUCUAGAUUGAGAUGUUGAACCCAGGAGCAUUAAGUCAGUGGGUAAUGUUUCACUACCUUUAUUGUAACAUUCAAGCUAUCUGUUAACUACUUUUGGCACAUGGAAUUAAUAUUUUACUUUUAGCUGCAGUUUUGUUUCUACAUUUUUGCCUUUUUGUGCUAAAUUUUCAAAUGACAGUUAGUCAAGAUAAUAAGACUGUUGGCGCAGCAAAUGGGAAAGCAGCAAACUGUCAAGCAACUGCAACAGCAUGUUAUCAGAGAUAGCUUUCUUUGCUAAAUACAGAUUUAUAGUUCUUAAAUACCUUGUGGUUUUUAUUCUUUGGUGUUGUCAUCAACAGCAGUUCCAAGAACUUCCAAGAUUGACUAUUUUGUGUGCUAUAUUUACGUGUAUUUUUGAUCAGGGGAGAGCAAGCUUAACUUACAUAUUUGUAAGGUGCUGUCCUAAUGGAAUGGGUGUUGCAAAUACUUCUAUAUGGCUGUAAAUAAAAUAAAUAUUGGUGUUGAAAUUC